CUUUCUUUUCCGUACAUCUUGCACGACGACAACACACUGACAAGUGAGAGAAGAUUUGCAAACUUCGGAGAAUUUUCACCAGGGCAGUGGAAACUAGAAACACUGUAUUUUAACCAAAAAGCAGUGAAACCUUGGAAAAGACAGUUUUCCUUAGAUCUACGAUAUUCUUUGGUCUGCACACGGGGUUUUCAACGAUGAGCUUCCUAUUUGGCAGUCGUUCCUCUAAAACCUUCAAGCCGAAGAAGAACAUCCCAGAGGGCUCCCACCAGUAUGAGUUGUUGAAGCAUGCAGAGGCAACACUGGGGAGUGGGAACCUGAGGCAGGCUGUCAUGCUGCCAGAGGGGGAAGAUCUCAAUGAGUGGAUUGCUGUUAAUACUGUGGACUUCUUCAAUCAGAUCAACAUGCUCUACGGCACCAUUACUGAGUUCUGCACUGAGACCAGCUGCUCUGUGAUGUCUGCCGGGCCCAGGUAUGAAUACCACUGGGCUGAUGGCACCAACAUCAAAAAGCCCAUCAAGUGCUCUGCUCCCAAGUACAUAGACUACCUGAUGACCUGGGUGCAGGACCAGCUGGAUGAUGAGACACUCUUUCCCUCCAAGAUAGGAGUGCCCUUUCCUAAGAACUUCAUGUCUGUGGCCAAGACAAUUUUGAAGCGCCUGUUCAGAGUCUAUGCCCACAUCUACCAUCAGCAUUUUGACUCUGUGAUGCAGCUGCAGGAGGAGGCCCACCUCAAUACCUCCUUCAAACACUUCAUCUUCUUUGUCCAGGAGUUCAACCUCAUUGAUCGUCGUGAGCUGGCCCCCCUGCAGGACCUCAUUGAGAAGCUGGGCUCCAAGGACAGAUAAACUCCUUCCUCCCUCUCUUUUUCCUCCUCCCUCUCUCUAUCUUGCUCUCUCUGUGCCUACCACCUCUCUGGGUUUUGAUAAUUGUCCACUCUUUCACUUUGUGCCUUUUUUCUUUCUCCCUCCAUUCAUUACCUGUAUGUUUUUUUUGUUCUGUUCCAGUUUCUUGCUCUCUCUCUCGUUGUCUGUCCGCAUUGUUUCAGAGCUUGUAUUGUUAGAGUGAGCUCUAUCUAGUCUUUAAGGUAAGAUACCAGAGUGUAGUAUAUAAAAGGUGUAUUUUGUAAUUUUGGUAAACAAGUUAUAUAAUUGGGACCUACUGACCUGUACUGUGGACCAAGAUGUUUAAAGAGUUGAAAUGGACACCAGCGUUUCUUUCCUAUAAGAUUUGGGUCAGUUUAAAGUAUAUCUAUAUUCUAAAACAGUUUUACAUGCUUUUUAAAAUAUGUUUUAACUCUCACGUUUUCAGUUGAAGUUUUGGUCAAUAAUGUACUAGAAUACAGUUUUUUGGAUCUGUAUCUGACACAGUUUUAGAUUUGUAGAUUUUUUUUUCUUCUCUUAGGGUGAAAGAAGUUGCAAAAGCCAGGGAAUGAUCAAUAAAUAUUUGCUGUGACACUUGAUAUACUUGUGAAAUAGAUAAUCCUCCAUAGUUCAUAAACAAUCAGUGAUCAUAUUUGUAUGCUUUACUUGACUACUUAGACAUUUAUAAUAUAUGGUAUUUUAUGAGAAAGCAAUCAAAGUAUCAGAGGAUACAUUUGAAAAUGUAUAUGAAAUGUCAAAAAUGAAAUGUAGUAUAAUGUGAAUAUUUUGAUCUUACUCAUUCUGUCAUUUCACUCAAAUAGCACAAAUGUGCCUCUGAUGUUUUAACUGUGUCAAAUUCCUUGGAUAUCUUUGUCCUACAUGCUGGUACUUAAUUUUAAUAUCAGUAUCAAGUCAAACAUUGUUUUAUUGUUUAUUAAACAAUUUUACUUUACUCAUGUAUGCAAAAUGCAAUAAUAGCAAUAGUGCUUGCACCGAUACAUGACAAGGGUCAAUGUACAGGAUAUUAUUUUUUUUAGGUUAUAUUUUCUGUUAUUUGUCUUAUCUGAGUGUGACAUGUUAAUUCACCCAAGUCAUUAUCUAUGUUCAAUCUUGGCACACAGGGCUAAAGCAGCAGGGCUGUUUGUUGUGCCACCUUGACACAUGCAAUUUUGAUCACCAAAAUGGAAUCUUAGGCAAUGUAAAUACAUGUUACACUGCUUAUCUCUCUUUUGGCCCCCAGUUUGGAAAAUACAUCCUUGUAGAAAUAUGGUCUACUAGUCAACAUUAAGCAGUUGUGAGAUUGGCGUGUCUUUUCAAAACCCCAGCAUGUUUGUGAUAUUCAUCUUUCCUAAWAUGUGCUCAUAUGUUUGAUCUGUCUGGAUAAAGUGACCUAAUAUACCGCCGGUAUGUGUACUUAAUGAUUUUAUUGCAUUCAACAUUGUAAUUUUGAAUCUGGAGUUAGUCCCUAUAGGUAAUGAGCUGUUGGGAAUAAUAAGACCAUACACACUCCAUAUGUUUCUGGAAUAUAUCAGGUGUAGUUUUCUUAAUUUUGGGUGGAAAAGAUGCGUACUUAUGUUUCUUAUUUUGAUCUCAUAUGAUUUAUUUGACAGAUUUACUUCAUUUUGUCUACCUUUUUCUCCCAUAUAUCCAAUGCCAUAGAUUUGGAGUUCAAUUUAAUCUUUUAUUUUUAUUGCUGUAAAAUUAAUUGUAACUUUGAGUAAAGAAUUCGAAAAGGGUUAGAUUUUUUUAUAUAUAUAUAUUUAGAUGGUUAUAGACCUUUGAGGUAGCCUAAUUUGUGGGAAAUGAAUGUUACAACUGUGAGUCCAAUACUCUGCUGUAAAUAAGAUAAUUUACAGUACAUUUUGUGAACAAAACUGUGCCUUAGAAAAGAGAAAAUAAUGUGUCUGAAAUUACAGUAUUGAUGGCACAAUAGUUUGAUAAACAUUAAAAGGAAUUUGUGGAGAUUG